AUGCACCUGAGAUUCCACACUAGAGAAAGGCUUCAUGUGUUUAGCAGAAGUGACAAAUCCUUUAGACAAAGCUCAACCAUCAGUCAACAUCGAAAAAUUUAUACUGGUUCAGGACAGGACAAGUGUAGCAAAUGUGGGAAAUCCUUAACUCACAACUGUGUCCUCAUUUAUCCCCAGAGAUUGCACAGUGGAGAAAACAGUUCUGUGUGCAGUGACUGUGCAAAAUCUUUUUCCCAUAGCUCUGUGUUCAUUCGACAUAAGAGAGUUUUUUCUGGAGAAAGGUUUUAUAAGUGUAGUGACUGUGUGAAAUCUUUUACCUGUAGGUCUGCCCUCAUUUAUCAUCAGAGAUCUCACACAGGAGAAAGGCCUUAUGAGUGCAGUGAAUGUGGGAAGUCCUUUACCACUAACCGCAUUCUCCGUUGUCAUCAGAGAUCUCACACAGGAGAAAAGCCUUAUAAAUGCAGUGAGUGUGGGAAGUCUUUUACCUCUACCAGUGCUUUCCAAUAUCAUCAGAGAGUUCAUUCUGGAGAAAGGCCUUAUGAGUGCAGUGAAUGUGGGAAAUCUUUUAUGUCUAGGUCUACAUUCAUUUCUCAUCAUAGAUAUCACACAGGAGAAAGGCCUUAUGAGUGCAGUGAAUGUGAGAAAUCUUUUGUCUCUAGCUCUAACCUCCAUUAUCAUCAAAGCACUCACACUGGAGAAAGGCCUUAUGAGUGCAGUGAAUGUGGGAAAUUUUUUAUUACUCCUGCUCUUCUUCGUUACCAUCAGAGAAUUCAUUCUAGUGAAUGGCCUUAUACGUGCAGUGAAUGUGGGAAAUCUUUCACCUCUAAAUCCAACUUUUGUUAUCAUCAGAGAGUUCAUUGUGGAGAAAAGGCUUGUAUAAAGUGCAGCGAAUGCGGGAAAUCCUUGACCAGUAUCAGUGCCCUCCGUUAUCAUCAGAGAGUUCAUUCUGGAGAGAGGCCUCAUGAGUGCAGUGACUGUGGGAAAUCUUUUAUGUCUAGGUCUGCCCUCAGAUAUCAUCAGAUAUCACACACAGGAGAAAGACCUUAUAAGUGCAGUGAAUGUGGGAAGGCUUUUAAAACUAGCUCCAACCUCAGUUAUCAUCAGAGAGUUCACACAGGAGAAAGGCCUUAUGAGUGCAGUGAAUGUGGGAAAUCCUUUAUUUCUAUCAAUGAUCUGUGUAAUCAUUAUAGAUUUCAUUCUGAAGAAAAACCUUAUAAGUGUAGCAAAUGUGGGAAAUCCUUUAUCCUUAGGAAUAGCUUCAUUCAACACCAGAUAGUUCACACAGGAGAAAAUCUUUAUGGAUGUAGUGAGUGUGGGAAAUAUUUUAAAAGAAAGUAUAGGCUUAUUGAACACCAGAGUAUUCACACAGGAGAAAGGCCUUACAAAUGCACUGAAUGUGGGAAAUCUUUUAUUACUAAUUACCUCUUCCGUGUUCAUCAGAGAAAUCACACUGGAGAGAAGCCUUAUGAGUGCAGUGAAUGUGGGAAAUCUUUUACCACUAGCUCCACCCUCCGUUAUCAUCGUAGAAUUCAUACUGGAGAAAGGCCUUACAAAUGCACCAAAUGUGGGAAAUCUUUUGCCUCUAAUUGCCUCCGUGUACAUCUGAGAAAUCACACUGGAGAGAAGCCUUAUGAGUGCAGUGAAUGUGGGAAAUCCUUUACUAGGAACUCUAGCCUUCAUUAUCAUCAGAUUACUCACACUGGAAAGAAGCCUUAUAAGUGCAGUGAAUGUGGGAAAUCCUUUACCAGCAACUCUAGCCUUCGUUAUCAUCAGAGUACUCACACUGGAAAGAAGCCUUAUGAGUGCAGUGAGUGUGGAAAAUCCUUUACCAACAACUCUAGCCUUCGUUAUCAUCAGAGGGCUCACACUGGAGAAAGGCCUUUUAAGUGCACUGAAUGUGGUAAAUCUUUUACUCGUAGCUCCACCUUCUAUUAUCAUCAGAGAGUUCACAGUGGAGAAAGGCCUUUUAAGUGCAGUGAAUGUGGGAAAUCUUUUAUUAACAGCUCCAAACUGCGUUGUCAUGAGAGAGGUCACACUGGAGAAAGGCCUAAAUGUGGGCAAUAUUUUAUGAGCAAAUCCUUCUGA